AUGAUAGCAGCUCUGCAGACCAGCCCCCAGUACACUGACUACAGCGGCGACUACUCUGCGGAGGACGAUGGCGGCCUGCCCGAGAGGUGUGACCCCGAGGAGGAGGAGGUGGCGGCCAUCAGGGCCUUCCAGUCCCUCAUGUUCUGCCUCAUCUUCCUGACGGGCGUGGCAGGGAACGCCCUGGUCAUCACCACCUUCGGCCUGUACCGCCGCCGCCACCUGCGCUCCAUGACCGACGUCUUCCUGGUGCACCUGGCGCUGGCCGACUUCCUGCUGCUGCUCACCCUGCCCUUGCAAGGCGUGGACACCUACCAGGGCUGGGUGUUCUCCGAGCUGCUGUGCAAGGCCACGCGCGCCAGCUACGCCCUCAACACCUACAGCGGCCUGCUGCUGCUGGCCUGCAUCAGCGUGGACCGCCUGGUCAUGGUGGCCUGGCCGCAGGGGGUGCUGCGGCUGCGCGUCCGGCUGCUGGCCGCCGGCAAGCUGACGUCCCUCGCCGUUUGGCUGGCGGCCCUCCUGCUGACCACGCCGGAGCUCUGCUACGCCGGCGUGUCGCAGGAAGGCGGCUACAACCACUGUGUGAUGAGGGAGAGCUCGAUGGUCAGACACGUCACCUCCGUGGCGCUCAUCGUCGUGUUCGGCCUGUCGUCCGUCAUCAUGGUGACGUGCUACUCCUGCGUGGGCAGGAUGCUGAGGGCGGGGCCCGGUGAGAAGGGGUUGAGAAAGCGGAGGGGUAGCCGACGGCAACAGCGGACCCUGAAGCUGAUGGUGACGCUGGUGGCGGUGUUCCUGCUCUUCCAGCUGCCCCACACUGUGGUGCAAUGGCACAAGAUGGCGGCGGUGGCGUUCUGCGGUGUGGUUCUGGAGUAUGUGACGUGCACGUUGGCGUACAGCCGCUGCUGCCUCAACCCCAUCCUCUACGCCCUCAUGGGCUCACGCUUCCGCAGCGACCUGCGCAAGCUGGCGGAUGCGACGGCCUGCCGCAGGCACCGCCUCCGCCCCCAACGCCCCCCAGUGGUCCAAACAGCGAACAGCUGCUCAAUGUCCUCUCCUUCUUAUUCUUCCUAUCCCUGCCCCCCACCACUCUCCCCCACUUCUCCUCCGGCCCGACUCUUCACUCCCUUAGGUGGAGAUGUGCCAAUGGAUUCCCAGGAAUGAGGACGGCCCUCCAAAGCCUUUCCCUUGGAAGACCUUCCGAUAUUCCGACCGCAUCAGAGUUUGGAUUGUAGGAUCACGUAUUGCCCUCGUU